GUCACCUUCUCAUUCUCGACUAUUUAUUUUUUUUUAUAUAUUUUUUUCUCUUUUGAAUAUUUUGCAUGCUUUUCGGCCUUUUCCUUUUUUUUUAUUUCACUCAUUAGUUUAUUCAUUCUAUUUUGCCAUAUCCAACCAAUUUUUUUCCUCUUUUAUAACCCUUCUUUAUUUAUAUACAAUCCCUUUUUUUAUUCUCAACACCUCUGCUUUGACAUUAAAAUAAAAUGCGCUUUUGCUUCUAAAUUAACAGUUUAUUAUUUAAAUAAAUACACGUUUAUUUAUUUCUACAUAUAUAAUUAUUUUGAAUAAUUAUGUAAAAAUUAUUUUUGUUUUUUGGAAAAUUGUGUAGUUUUAUGCGAUUCUGAAAUUAGUAAAGGAGAAAUUUCUCGGCGUCAGGGUCGAACACCAUAAUUAAUAAACUACUAAUUAAUUUAAGUAAUAAUUAAAUUAAAAUAUACAUUAAUUUUUACUGUAAGCAUUACUUAAAAUUUUUUGAUGUUUUCUUAAUUAAAGUUCUUUUUUAGUUAACCUUGUAUUUUUUGUUUAAUUUUAGAAAAUUAUUUAACUUUAUGCCUUAAUAAUUAUUUUAUCUUUUAUUAAAAAAUGUCUGAAAAGGAGGAAAGUGCUGGUGGUGAACAAGAUGAUGUUUCUUUUUUAAGAACUGGAGAUAUAAUAUGUUUAACAUGCCUUGUAACAAGCCAAAAAGAGGGCGCAGGUGGAGAGUCAGAACGUGUUUGUUUAGCUACGGAAGGUUUUGGCAAUAGAAUGUGUACAUUAGAGAAUGUUUCUGAUCGUGAUUGUCCGCCAGAUAUUUCUUCUUGUUCUUUAUAUAUUGAGAAUGCACUUUCUGUUAGAGCUUUACAGGAGAUGAUGAGUGCCGAUGGAGGGAAUAUUGGUGGGAAUGCCGGAGGGGGUACAACAACAGCAACAAACACCACAUCAAAUGAUGCAACAACUUCAAAAGGAGGAGGACACAAAACACUUCUUUAUGGCCAUGCUGUUCAACUUAGACAUGUUCAGAGUUUAAUGUAUUUGGCAUGCCUUUCAUCGUGUUCUUCGAAUGAUAAAUUGGCUUUUGAUGUUGGUGUUCAAGAAGGGAGUGAAGAGGGAGAAUCUUCCUGGUGGACAAUUCAUCCAGCAAGCAAACAAAGGUCAGAGGGAGAAAAAGUUCGUGCUGGUGAUGACGUUAUUUUGGUCAGUGUUGCAACUGAACGAUAUUUGGUUGGAAAUUUAAAAAAUAUUUUUAAUCUAAAAAAUAAAUAG